AAAAAGAAAAAAAUCUAUGUACCACCUCCAUCCGCCAACAUUCAACCAACAACAAUAACAGCAAGGUCUUUUUCUCCUUCAUUGCCAUUGAAUGGUCGUCAGCAUUAUCGUCGUCGUUAUUUUCCUUUUUUAAUUUUAAUAUUUGUCAAAAAUAGUUUUUUAAAAAAAUAUCGAAUAUAUUUUAAUUUAAAUAAUUCCAAUCAAAGUAUUAUGAUGGCAUCGAAUUCAUUGAUGAACUCUGAAGAAACCGCUUCGAAUCGAACAAAUCGUCGAUUCUAUCGUGUAGAUUCUAUACCAUCCGGUGAUCAUGGCCUUACAGCUGAACAUGAAAACAAAUGGUGUUUUGAAGUGGCCUGGGAAGUUGUCAAUAAAGUUGGCGGUAUUCAUACCGUGAUUCGUACAAAAGCACAAACAAGUGUUGAAGAAUUAGGUAAUCGUUAUUUUAUGAUGGGUCCUUAUAUGGAACAUAUGGUUCGAACUGAAGUUGAAAUUGAAGAAGAACCUACCGAACGAUGUUUUCGUGAAACGAUUCAAAUCUUUCGUGAUCAUGGAAUCAAAGUAGUGUUUGGCCAUUGGUUGAUCGAUGGUUAUCCGGCUGUCAUUUUGUUCGAUAUUGGAUCAGCUUAUUAUAAAUUGGAUGAAUGGAAACAUGAUUUUUAUGAAGUUACUCACAUUGGUAUACCACAUCAUGAUCGUGAAUCGAAUGAUGCUUUGAUUCUUGGUUAUUGUGUUACCUGGUUUCUUGAAGAAUCUUACAAACGUAUACAGGAAAUUUAUGGAACACCAUUGAUGGUGACACAAUUUCAUGAAUGGCAAGCCGGUGUCGGUUUAAUAUUAUGCAGGACUCGACAUUUAGAUAUUGCAACUGUUUUUACUACGCACGCAACAUUACUCGGACGAUAUCUGUGUGCCGGUAAUGUUGAUUUUUAUAAUAAUCUUGAUAAAUUUCAUUUGGAUCGUGAAGCUGGCAAUCGUCAAAUCUAUCAUCGAUAUUGUAUGGAAAGAGCUGCAUCUCAUUCAGCCCAUGUUUUUACUACUGUUUCGGAUAUAACAGCCAUGGAAUCGGAACAUCUACUAAAGCGUAAACCAUGUUUAAUCACACCAAACGGUUUGAAUGUAAAAAAAUUCAGUGCCCUUCAUGAAUUUCAAAAUUUACAUGCAUUAGCCAAAGAAAAAAUUCAUAAAUUUAUACGAGGACAUUUUUAUGGUCAUUAUGACUUCGAUCUUGAUAAGACAUUAUAUUUUUUUAUCGCUGGUCGAUACGAGUUUAGUAACAAAGGUGCUGAUUUAUUUAUCGAAUCUUUAGCUCGUCUCAAUCAUUAUCUCAAGUCCAGCCAAAGUGAUGUAACUGUGAUUGCUUUCUUGAUAUUUCCUGGAAAAACUAACAAUUUCAAUGUCGAAUCCUUACGUGGUCAAGCCAUUGCCAAACAAUUGUUGGAAACAGUUGAUGAAGUUCAGGAUAAUAUUGGUAAACGCUUGUUUGAUAUUCUUUUACAAGGACGUUUGCCCGGUCCAUCCGAUUUGAUGAAACAAGAAGACAUUGUUGAAUUGAAACGUUGCAUUUAUGCUGCCCAACGAUCAACACUUCCACCGGUCAUCACGCACAAUAUGCAAGAUGAUAGCUCGGAUCUUGUUUUGCAACAUAUUCGCCGUACACAAUUAUUUAAUAAUCGUUCUGAUCGUGUUAAAAUAAUUUUUCAUCCAGAAUUUUUAAGUUCCACUAGUCCAUUGUUCCCAAUUAGCUAUGAUCAAUUUGUUCGCGGCUGCCAUUUAGGCGUUUUUCCAUCGUAUUAUGAACCCUGGGGUUAUACACCAGCUGAAUGCACUGUCAUGGGCAUACCAUCAAUAACAACUAAUCUUUCUGGUUUUGGCUGUUUCAUUCAAGAACAUGUUGCAGAUCCUAUUUCAUACGGCAUUUAUAUUGUCGAUCGUUUAAAUAAAAGUCCCGAAGAAAGUGUUCAACAAUUAGCUCAAUAUAUGUUUGAUUUUAGUUGUCUUACAAGACGACAACGAAUUAUUCAACGUAAUCGUACUGAACGUCUAUCUGAUCUAUUAGAUUGGAGAAAUCUUGGAAUUUAUUAUCGGAAAGCACGACAAUUGGCACUGCAUAGAAUGCAUCCGGAAAUAAUGACUGAAGAUGGUACCAUAGCUUCAUUUAAUUUUCCAAAGCCAAUUUCAGCACCAGCAACACCGUCCUCAUCACGAGCACCAUCACCUGUUUCAUCAGACGAUGAAGAUAGCGUAAAUUCGGAUGUUGAACGUGAUAUUUUAAUAAAUAACAAUAGUGUCGAAGAUAUUCUUGAUAAUGCAACAGCUUCAAGUCAAGCUUAAAAACAUAUAAAGAAUUGUUAUAUACAUAGUUUUAAAUUAAUUUUUGUUGAA